AUGGCCUCUCAUAUCACCAUCGACCUGUCCAACAUCGGCGACAAGGUCGUGGCCGCCAUCCACGAGUCGAUGGAGAAAGUUGUCGAGGCUAAGGUCGCUGCCGCCCUUGCGAAGAAAGGCGAGGACGAGAAGCCGGAACCCGAGCUCGAUGUUGCCGGCAUGCACCGCCAGAUCCUUUCCAAUGCUAAGUGUCUCCACCGAGUUCUUGCAACUGGCACCAAUAUCCACCAGCAAAACACCUUCGAUGUGAUCACUUGGGGCGUCGGUACAACUCUCAGUGCUUUGGUCAUCUUUGAAGGUAGCCGACGCGUUCUGCUCCGCGGACCGGAUGCUCCUAGCGAAGCGAAGGCGCUCCAGAAACUGCUUACCAUGACGACUGAGAUGAUGAAGACCAAAUCGGUUAGCUUUGAGCUCCCGGCAAAUGGUUGGCGGUCGAUCACUGGAGAUGGCAACAGCUACUACUGCACUGCGCAGCGCUAG